AUGGAAUUGAAAUAUGAUUCCAGUUCGUCAAGUUCUAGGGACGAUGAACUCAACGAGUAUUUGUUAAUGGAUUUUAUCAAAGAAAAUUGUGAAUUGCAAGCAGUGGAGGAUGCAAUAAGAUACUUAGUCAACUCCACCGCAGAAAGAGAUAGAAGUCAUGUUCUACAUCAGCAAAAAAUGAGAACUUACGUUCUUAGAGAUUUGGAAUCGGCAAAUGAACGUUUAGUUCUUGAUUACUUUUGUAACCAACCAUUAUACGAUGAGUGCUCAUUUCGGCGCAGGUUUCGCAUGAGGAAACACGUAUUUAUUUGCAUUGUGGAUACCUUAAGUGUCCAUGAUCGUUUCUUCCAGCAACAUCUAGAUGCAUUUGAUCAAAUCGACGAGUAUUUGAAACUUGGUGCUACUACGUUCAAGGAGUGUCUUGCUCAUUUUGUUGAUGGUGUGAUAGCACAAUUUUCAGCCACUUACCUUUGGAAGCUGACACUUGACGAUCUCCAACGUCUCCUCAGAGAAGGGGAAGAUAGAGGCUAG